AUGGCUUUGGCAGCUCUAAACUUUCACUUUACGACUAAGCCAUCAUCAUCCAAAUUCAAGGACUCGUACUGUGGGAGCUCUUGUCAGAAGAUUGUUGAAGAAGUUUCAAGCAAGCUAAACCUCCCGGACUUGGAUGUUGCGAGGCAUCCAGUCGCUCUUGACGAACAAAUACAAGAUGUUAUAAUGUUAUUGCAUGCAGAGGAUGAUGGCGUUCGCAUGGUGGGUAUAUGUGGGAUUGGCGGAAUAGGCAAGACAACUAUUGCGAAAGCUAUAUACAAUAUGUUUGCUGAUCAAUUUGAAGGUAGUAGCUUUCUGGAAAAUGUUAGAGAAAUUUCUAGGCGGUAUGGCCUACGUAAACUGCAGGAAGCUCUACUUCGUGACAUUUUGGGGGACAAAACCAUUAAGGUUGGCUACAUUCAUAUAGGUGUAGAUUUGAUCAGGCAAAAGCUUGGCAAUAAAAGAGUUCUAUUAGUUCUUGAUGAUGUGGAUUGCAUGGACCGAGUAAGGGACUUAAUGGGUGAAAGAAGUUGGCUUGGUCAAGGGAGCAGAAUAAUGUUAACGACAAGAGAUGAAGAAAUAGUAGUCACUCAAAGUGUAGAAAUCUAUAAGGUUGUUGAACUGAAUCAUGAUGAUGCUCUUCAACUUUUCAGCUUGAAUGCCUUUCAGAAACCAUCCCCUACAAAAGGAGACCCCUACGCACUUCUCUCCGAUAGAUUUGUUCACUAUGCCAAAGGUCUCCAUUUGGCUCUUAUUGUAUUGGGAUCUUUCUUGAGCGUUAAGAGCACUGAAGAAUGGAGGCGUACAUUAGAAAGAUUGAGUGCCAUUCCUGGCCACCAUAUUGAUGAGAUUCUGAAAAUUAGUUUUGAUGGAUUGGAAACUCAUGAACGAGAUAUCUUUCUUGACAUCGCUUGUUUCUUUAAUGGGGAAGACAAAAUUAAGGUAUUCAAAAAAAUUUCAAAGGCAGAGCUGGUUCUUGCAACUAAUCAUUUCCGCGAUGCAAUUGGAGAUGGCUGUUCUGGUACAGUGUAUCGUGGGAAACUGGAUGAUGGGCGGGAAGUGGCCAUCAAGUGGAUAAAGGAACGUGAACAUUUAAAAGACAUGUUCAUCGCCGAGACCGAAACUCUCCGUCAUGUCAAUCAUAAGAACAUUAUUCAGUUGUUGGGAUUUCAUGCCAGCGGUAGUGAGUGCGCCCUAGUCUACGAGUACAUGAACAAUAACUCACUGUACUCACACAUUCACGCUAUUGGCAGCUCAACUUUGAUGUCGUGGAAUGCACAGAUCAAGGUGGCACUAGAUGUCGCUUGGGGAAUUGAGUACUUGCAUGAAUUUGCAGGUCCUCGAAUAGUACACAGAGACAUAAAGUCAUCAAACAUCUUGCUAGGUGAAAACUGGACUACCAAAGUUUCAGAUUUUGGAUUAUCUGUACUUCUUCCUAAGGGUUUAGAUGAGUCUGAGGAGUAUCCUGUGGCCGGCACCGUGGAUUAUGCGGAUCCAGUAUAUCUAUGUACUGGAAGACUAACAACUAAGAGCGAUGUGUAUGGCUAUGGCAUUGUGUUGCUUGAGUUGUUAUCUGGAUACAAAGCGGCAGAUGUGGAUAAAGAUGGCUGGAUGCUGGACACCAUAAUUUCACGGAUCCUUCAAGGUAAAAUUGACCUGUCUCUGGACCGAAACAUGCCGACCGAGGCCCUGUUCGAGAGGAUUGAAGUGUUGACACAAAUGGCAAACCUCGCUAUGGAUUGUGUUCGGAAACGAGCAGUUGACCGGCCCUCGAUGAGUUGCGUAGUGGACCGCCUAAGGAGUAUUUUAGCUCAAUUCCCAUCCGAAUUGAGUGAUAACACAGAGACUGUUGGUAGUUUGUUUAUAAAACAAAUGAAGAGGUGUCUUGUCCCAUGUCGAAAAGAUGUGAGUGCGCACGUGAACGAGAUUUGGUACUAA